AUGGUUGGGGCCAUAUCGAGUUGUGAAGAUCAUGGAAAAGGAGGUAUAUGUCGACUGGGACGGAAAGGAGCAGCACUACAACCUGUCGCAAGUCAUACCCAUGCCCAAAGAACAGGGCGACAGAGAACUGAAACGCCUAUUCGAUGGGAUGGAGCAAUUUACAUCCAACCCGCCCCCCGGAGUAUUAGUCACUGA